UGAGUUGUCACCUUAUAUUCAUAUAAUAUUCCCUCUCAUGCAUGAUUUGAUAAAAUCAUCUAAUUAAUUUCACAUAAUUGUAAGCCAAAAAAAGAGAAACCUAAACCCAAAACUCAAUCUCACUCCUCUUAGCUACAGCUUCUGUUUCGUCCAUUUAUUUUCAUCGUAAAGCCAUUUUUGGCCACUGAUUACUUCAUAAAAGUUGUAGAUCUCCUCGAGAUACCCAAUUUAGGCUCAAGAAUAACUCAAUUCGGAGUUGUGUGCAAGAAAUUAGACCCCCUAGAGUUCUGCGGAGCUGCUGCUAUUGUUGAUGUCGAUGUUGUUGUUGUCGACCCUCCUAUUAUUGCUCUCCUCUCUUAUUUUGUAUAGAAUCACAAAGUGAAUUGGAGGUUGCAAUUUGUAAGGUGAAUAUGGAGAAAUCGUUAUGGAGAAAUAGUUAUGGAGUUCAAAGGAACAAGGAUGAUUAUCAAGCUAAGGAUUAUGGAUUCGUGGAAUAGAUAGUGUGAAGGGAGUGAUUAAGGCUAUUGUUGGGGUAGCUGGAGUUUCAUUUUUCUACACAACUGGUUCUGAGUUUGAGGAGAUAUGAAAGGGAAUAAGCCCAAAGCUCAUGUUGCACAGAUUCCAGAAUAUGAGCGGAAAAGGCUUGAGAAAAUAAGAUUAAAUGCAGAAAGAAUGCAAGCUAAAGGUGUAGGAUUCUUGGCUAACAAAAUACUGGAGAAAAGUCAAGGUUUUAACUUCCCAAGUGGAAAGUUUAAUGAAAUGAUAGAAGAAAAUGAUGAUGAGUCCUCAUCUGAGUAUGAUGGUAACAAUGAAGAGGAUGAAAAUACUAGCAAUAUGGAAGCUCAAAAAGUCGUUUGUGGAAAGAAAAAGGUCACCAGACAGGUUUCAAAGCCCAUGACUCGCUCAUCAACUCACAAAAGGAGUAUGGCUGAUUUUGUGAAGAUGAAUAAUCCAAAACAGCAACACCAAGUGGAGCAAGUGGAUGAUUCUAACAUAACUAGUUCGAUUAGGAAUAUUCAAGAAAAGUAUAAUCAGAAGAAGUUUCAACCUUGCGACCUUCCUAAUUGUGAGAAAAGUCCACGAGUUCUCAUGUCUCAAAAGAAGCAAAAAAAAAAGGUAUAUUGUACUCCAGGUUCCAUGUUGCAAUAUCUUGAAUAUAGGAAAAAGAAUCCAGAACAAAAUGAAGUGGUUGUAGGGAGUAAUAUGGUUUCAAAUACUCUUAUUACCGCUCCAAUGAGAGAUGUUGAUGAUGACUUAGAACUGUAUGAAAAUGACAAUGAUGUUGGAUAUGCAUCUAAGCGUGACUUUGAGUUAGAAAUGGAAGCAUUGGGUGAAUACGAAAAUAAAGGUUCUAAAAGCAAGAAGCAUCGAGGUCCAACAAAGCUUACAAAGGUUCAUGCACGGACAAGAGAGGAGCGGCAAACUAUUAUCUUAAACUCGCUUGGCCAGCCAGUUGGACCUACACCUGAAAUUAUCGGCGAGUUUAAGUUUUUCUUGAGAACUGUGGCGAAGGAUCCCGAGCUUGCACCACUUAAUUAUUGUAGCUUCCCAAGUUUGCCCACACUUGACAGAAUAUGGGAUUAUGUCUUGAUAUGUUGUAAUAUUAUUCUUUUGCAUUAGCAUAAUACUCAUACGUACUUUACCUCCAUAUAUUGCUAGUUUGUUAAUUGUUUGUAACGGAAAAGUAUAUGGUUCCUACUGCUGGGAAAAAAUGGGUCAUGGAUGCUAUCAAUAGAAGUUGGCGUUGUUAUAAAUGCAGAUUUAAGAAGAACCACUUUUAUGCAUAUGACACUGAUGAGUUGAGAUGGAAAUGGAAACCUGACACUAUUCCAGUGCCUCAAUUUAGAGAUCUCUUGAAGUAUUGGGAGUGUGAAAAGAUGGAGGAGGAAAGUAAGAUCAACAAAGAAAAUCGUUUGUAGUUAGAUGAUAUGCACAAUUUGGGACGUAAAUCAUAUGCAUCUUUACGUUAUGAGUUGCAACAAGAGGAUCCGAAUAAGCAAGAACCCUCCCAAACAAAGGUCUACAAAGAAUCAAGGAAAAGAACGCAUGGAAGAACUUAUCUUACAGACAAUGAGAAAACACGAGAGUAUAUUGAAAAGAUGAAUGCUUUAGAGUCUGCACAACAUGGAGAAGGUGAUAACUCGAAGGAUCCUUACUCUCAAGUGAUUCCAGAGCCUAAGCGCAAAAGUCAUGUAAGACUUGUUGGAAGUGGUGUAACAAAGAAUGAUUUGAAAAAAAAAAAAAAAAGGGGGUCAGGUCUCAUAUUUCCAGAAGAGAUGAAAGCAGAUUUGGUGAAGCAACUUAUGUCGAGUUUGGCUACUGCAAUUCUAUCUCAACUUCAAGAAGCUAAUCCCGGAAAAAAUAUCGUAAUUCCAGAAUCUUUGAGUACAUCGAGCCCUAGGGAUGCGUCUAGUGCACCACAUCAUGUCAGUGAGCAAAAUGGACAAUCUACUAAAACUGGAGCUACAGUUAGUCAGGUACAAGGUGAGAAAAGUGGAGAAGAAAUAUAGCCAUUAUCAAACGAUAUAUAUAGUGACUCCAUGGAAGCAUUCCUUUAGCUUAUGUAUGCUAGCUUUUGAUGGUUUCAAACAAUGUUAAACUUUUUGUUUUGAGAAUAUUAUAUCUUGUUACGAACACUUGUAGAUUUAUGAUAUAAUUCGUAUUAUAUCCUACAGGAAACAAUAUUAUUGUAUUAUUGAUUUUGUAUCAAUGAAAUUCUAUUUUCAUUUAUUAUA